AUGGCAACAAGGAAAACAGCUGAUCAAAGGCAGGAUUUGAAACCUCCACCCAAAAAAGACCAGGAAAAAAAAGAUAAACAGGAAAAGAGACUUUCAAAUUUUUUUAAUGCCCCAGCAGAUAAAAGUACCUUAGAAAAUUCUCAUAUAUCAACACCAAACAAAGCUGCCUUAAGUAAGGAAACUGCAGACUUCAGCGAUACUGAGGUAAAGGAACGCUCAGAUGAACGACAAAUGGUCACCCCAGUGUACUUAAAAGAAUGUUUAGAUCUACAACUGGAACAAAUAAAAAUAGAAAUGCAGGGGAGCUUUGCAACUCUAAAGAAAGAUAUACUGGAGAUAGGACAAAAAGUUAAAGUCAACGAACAAAAAAUAGAAAAUCUAGAAUUUCUUCUACAGAAGCAAAGUGAGAUUAUUGAAAAACAACAAACGAAGAUAAAUGAUCUUGAAGAGAGAACCAUAAAUAUAGAAGACAGAGGUAGAAUAAAUAACUUGAGAAUAAGAAACAUCCCUGAAUCCAUCUCACAAGAUAAUUUGGCAAUUUACCACUCUGAGUUUUUUAAAGUUCUUAAAAUAAAUAUUGAGGAUAAAGUGGACUUUCUUGAAAGAACACAUCGACUGUACAAACCAAGAACACUUCCAGCUGACCUCCCAAGAGAUACAAUCAUCGCUUGUCACCCCUAUUCUUUUAGAGAAAAAAUUCUAAAAGCGGCAAGACUAAUGGAAAGAGAUCAAGGCAAAUUUAAUAAUAUAAAGGUCUUCCCAGAUUUGUCUUUCCAGACAAGAAAAGCGAGGAGACAAUUUCUGCCAGCUACUUUGCGCUUAAGGGAAAAUAAUCUAAAAUAUAGGUGGGGCUUGCCAACCAAAUUUAUAGUUACUAAAGAUGGGAAUACGCACAAUUUUGACUCACAUGAGAAGGUCACAAAUUGGUUGAAUAAUCUGGUUUAA